GACUGCCAAGAAUUGAGCUGUCUGAGGGAUCCGAACAUCGCUGUGAGGCUCCUUUAAGUCCAGCCAUGGCCUCACUAUGUCAAAAGUUUCUUUUAAGAUCACGCUGACCUCGGACCCGCGGUUGCCAUAUAAAGUACUCAGUGUUCCUGAAAAUACUCCUUUCACAGCAGUACUAAAGUUUGCUGCAGAAGAAUUUAAAGUUCCUGCUGCAACAAGUGCUAUAAUUACAAAUGAUGGAAUAGGAAUAAAUCCUGCACAGACUGCUGGGAAUGUUUUCCUAAAGCACGGCUCAGAACUACGAAUAAAUCCUAGAGAUCAUGUUGGGAGUUGUUAAUUUCAGCUGUAGGGAA